AGUUUCCUAAAGUGCCAACUCUUCAAAUACGUGGCAAUGCUUAUGCUAUUUUCGGCCGUUAGGUUGCCAAAGUGCCAGUGGAGCCCAUUGGACAUUUAUCUCAUUUCUUUUUUUAAAUCGUGUACAGAAUUUUCCCAUUUAUAAAUUAAACUAAUAGCAUGUUUAUUUGUAUCCAGAAAAAAAUAAUAAUAAUACAAAAAAAAUAUUAACUUUUUUUUUUGCUUAAAUAAAAAAUAAAAUAUUAACUUUGUUCGUGAGGAGAGUAGAGCAAUUUGACUUUCAGACAUUACUUGUACAGCAUCAGGAAACGUGUCUGUAUACGCAUUUCAAAAGCCUGCUUUAAGCAAAUUCUCCCCCAAAAUCUCCCAUUUCACUGCGCUUCAAUUCCCAUCAGAACGCUUUUUUUUUUUUUUUUUUUUUUUUCUCUCUCUCUCACCUAAUCCAAUUUCAAUUUCAAUUUCUCUCUCUCUCUCUCUCUUUGUUAAGUUGUCAGAAACAGAGCAAAAAAACAAGUCGACAGAAACCUCAAGGCAGAAAGAAUCGAGCUAUCGGUGGGUAAGCGAAGCAAAAAAGAGCAUGAGAAAAAAAAAAUAAUAAAUUAAGAACAAGUAGACGAAUUGAGAAGAAAAAGAAUCAGAGAAAAGAAAAAAUCGGAAAAUAUGGUGGUGGAGAACUUGCUCUGCGAUGAACUCCUUCAAGAAAUCUUUCUGAAACUACCACCGUCUUCGUCUUCUUCGGUCUCUUUGGUCUCCAAGCGUUGGCUCUACCUCUACCGUGCAUCCAAGACUUCUCUUUCUCUCCGUCUUACCCCUUGCAAUUCCACAAUUCCUUCUCUGUCCUCCCUUCUCUCUCACCAUCCUUUCCUCUCCUCUCCUGACCCCACCGCCGCCACCGUAGCCAAAGCUUUCUCCGAUCAACUCCUUCUCUUAGUUUCCUCUGUUCCAAGCUUUCACAGCCUCAGGUUCUUGGCUGGCCCUGUCUCUCUUUCCUCUCUGAAUUCUUUCUCUGCGUCAUGUACCUACACCUCUCUCGGUAUCAAUCUCUUCAGGCCUCUUUUUCUCAACUGGGUUGUGAAUUUCCCUUCCUUGAAAGAAUUAUCAAUCUGGGUAUGCAACGAGGAAUGUCUUCUUGACCAGGCAAACGAGGUCAAUAUGGGAUAUGUGUUAUGUUCAAGAGAGGAUUUUGAUGCCGAUUUGGGUUUGGAGAGUCUCUCUUUAUCAGGAAUUCGAGCCGAUGAUUGGGGUAUUGGUUGGUUAUGGAGGAGCUGCAAGAAGCUGAAGAAACCGCAGCUGCGGAGCUGCGACGGUAUCGGCGAUGGAGGGUCGUUUUCGUCAUUUCUCAGGUGCUUGCAGGGAAUUCGAGAAGUUGAGCUCAGAACCUGUAGGAGCAUAGUUGAUGGGGUUUUGCUCAAAUUGGCUGAGAAUUGCGAUUCUCUCAAUUCUCUGCUUGUUUAUGACGGAGGCAGUAGAGAAGUUCUGCUUAGGUUCUUCAGCCAAUGCAGCUGCAAAUUGCAAAAAUUCGAUCUUCGAUUGUCUCUGGACCUCAACAACGACCACCUCUUGGCUGUUGCAGUGAAUUUCAGAAUGUCGGGCCUCCUUUCACAGUAAGCUAAACAAAAAAAAAAUUAGAAUAUUGUCAAACCUGUGAGAAACAUAAAAGAAAACAAAAUAUUAAAGCAUAAAAAAAUAUAGACUACAUAAUAGGAUACUUGUCAAGUCAUCAGAGGAACAAAAUAGGGCCUAAAUCUCAAUGUGCUAACUUGAAUCUCAGCAAAGUAGCCAAACACUACCAACUAAUGAAUUUGCUAAGCUUAUAUUGUGAACUCAAAACUCAUAUGUAAUAACAAAAAGACGAGGUUAACAUACCACUUAAGAUGCACCUGGCACAAGGAAAAUAUCUUGAGGGAAAAUUCUUGGUGGUGCAUACACUUCCAACUUUUAUUGG